GUUGAAUUAGCCCGCCUUCUACUUUUCUCCUUCGGGUUAUGUCCUAAUGGUCCAACCCACAUUAAAUUCAUACUUUGAAUUCACACCACGCUUGCUAUGGUUGAAAUUCAAGACUUUGCAUCACGCAAGUUGAGAGUUUAGACCAAUUCAAAGUCCCUUCCCCUAUAUAUAUAGAGCCAUAUUGCUUACUCUAGACAUCUCAUCCUUCCCUAGCAAACUAGCAAUCAACAACUUCCUCAGUUGUGAUAUCUACGGGGAAGACAUGGAGAAAAUGCUGUGCAUGAUUGUCUUUGGUGCUUUAGCCAUCGCAAGUUUGGCACAAGACGCAUCAGCCCAAACAGUACAUGUGGUUGGGGACAACACGGGUUGGGUCAUACCGAGCAAUGGCGCAGCAGCUUACACAAAUUGGGCUGAUAGAAAAACAUUCAGAGUUGGAGACACUCUAGUGUUCAAUUUUACGACCAACCAACAUGACGUUCUACAAGUACAAAAAUCUUCGUUCGAUGGUUGCAAUUCCCAGAAUGCCGUAGGCAGUCCAAUACUGGCAGGACCAGCAAAUAUAACACUCAACUCCACUGGAGAUCACUACUAUAUAUGCACUUUUGGCAGGCAUUGCCUAAAUGGUCAGAAAUUAGCUAUUAGAGUUUCCAGCAGCACAAGUACUCCUGGAGCCAACCCACCUACAUCAUCUGCUGCUGGACCUUCGGGUUCUGUUCCUGGUGGUACUGAUGCUGGACCAUCGGGUUCUGUUCCUGGUGGUACUGCUCCUCCUCCUCCAUCAUCUUCAACAACCGUAUUAGCCAGUUUUAUGCUCAGUCUAUCAGCAAUUGCCUUGGCUGCUUUUCUUUAAAUUGGAUCAUCUGAGGAUGUUUUGAGCCUCCUAGUUUAUAUUACGAUGUAACUAUAUUUAUUUUUUCUUGUUUAGCAGCUUACAUUGGAUUCAGUUUUGUUUGAAUUGCUAUUGUACUUGUGAUAUUUUGCUUAAUAAAGGCUGUUUUAGCCAUCAUA